CAUUCCCAAAUCUCUCUUCGCCACUUAUUCUCUGCUCUCUUCAUUUAUUCAAAACCAUACCUAAUAUAGUUUGUCUCAAGAGUGUCUGCAAUCCAAAGUUCAUAUAUUUCUGCAUCAAAUGAUAUGGUCCACUCUUUCAUUUCCAAUCUUUAGCUGGUCCUGCAUUGGAUUCUAUUGAAAUAUGUAGGGAAUAUUGUUUGGAGACAAAGCCAUGUGAGACUUUAUUGACCUGCUACGUCCUAAGGACCCAGCAGCAGAUGAUUCUCAGCCAAUAAAUCCAAAUUCAACAAGAUUUUCCACAUUCAUCCCUUCCAUCUAUAUAGACACCCAUAAACUUGGUUCACUCCCAACAAAAUUUCUCACAUCUCUACAUUAGCAUCUUUGCUUUGAACAACAAAUACCCACAAAGUUAACUUUUCUUGGAUCCUUACUAAAGGGAAACCAAAAGGAAAUCAUGGGUAUUCGUUUUCCUUCAGUUCUUACCAAGCAAAUUCUGCGUCGAUCUUCAACAUCUAUGGCUGUGCCCAAAGGAUUCUUAGCAGUAUAUGUGGGGGAAACUGAGAAGAAGAGAUUUGUGGUUCCAGUAUCCUAUCUCAACCAGCCUUCAUUCCAGGAUAUGCUUAGUAAAGCUGAAGAAGAGUUUGGUUUUGAUCAUCCAAUGGGUGGAUUGACAAUUCCCUGUAGAGAAGACAUUUUCAUUGGCGUUACUUCGCUAAUAAACAGAUCAUGAAAGCAUGAAGAUUAAUCUCUAGAGACAAUUUUGUAUAGGAGGGAGUAAAUGUAAAUGAUUUUUUCCCUCUUCGAGCAGACGCGGUUAUUUCCAUUAAGAAGUUAUUUUGUACAAUGUUCCACAUUGGAAGUAACACUUGUUUUUUCCUCUGACAAUGUCAGUUGCUCGCAAUUUCUUUUUCCUCUGAAUAUUUUCGACUGCAAAAAGAAUACCACCAAGAAAAGAGAAAUGGGCUAUCGGCUACCCCGUGUUAUUGCUAAGCAGAUUCUGAGAUGGUCUUCCACAUCUAUAGAUGUACCAAAAGGCUUCCUAGCUAUUUAUGUAGGGCUAGAGGCUCAAAAGAAAAGGCUUAUACGUACAGUCAAAAAUUGUUGUGGUGUUCAUUUCUAAACGUAAUAACAGACAGUUCAAGAAUUACCAAAGCAGUCUUUCAAAAAGAGCGAGCUAGUACUGGAUUAGAAUCAUUAGAUGAUAUCUAAUCGCUAAUACAGUUAAACCAGAAGCUCACACUCCGCGAUCAAGAUUGAAAAUAUAAAAUGGGUUUCCUGACAAUGCCAUGUUAUACCCACAAGAUAAUAUUCAUUCCAUUAAUUCUUCCUCCACAUUUUGCACUUUUCUCCUUUCCCCAUAUUCUACUAGGCUCUGCA